GAGUGGGCGGAGCCAAGGGUCUAGGUGAGGCCAAAGCAAGUAGGCGCGAAGCAAGGCAAAUUUGCUGCCGCGGGCGGAGGCGUGGCGCCGGGGGUGGCCGGGAAGGCGGUGAGGGGGCGGGGCCCGAGGCGGGGCGGGGCGACCGUGUGCCCUGAGAGCAGCGGUCGGCGGCCGGCGGCGGGAGAUCGUGGACGAGGGGAGCGCGACACUCGCUGGUGGGGGAGAUCGGCGCUCGGCCGGGUGAGUGUGAGCCUGGGAGAUGGCAGUGAUGGAAAUGGCCUGCCCAGGCGCCCCCGGCCCCGCGGUCGGGCAGCAGAAGGAGUUCGCCAAAGCCAAGGAGAAGGCACAGGCAACGGAGAUGAAGCAGAGCUCCGUCCACAAGCUCGAGGCCGUGGAGAAGAGCCCCAUGUUCUGCGGAAAGUGGGAGAUCCUGAACGACGUGAUUACCAAAGGCACAGCCAAGGAAGGCUCCGAGGGCGGGCCGGCCGCCAUCUCCAUCAUCGCCCAGGCCGAAUGUGAGAAUAGCCAAGAGUUCAGCCCCACCUUUUCAGAACGGAUCUUCCUCGCUGGCUCGAAACAGUACAGCCAGUCCGAGAGUCUUGAUCAAAUCCCCAACAAUGUGGCCCACUCGACCGAGGGCAAAAUGGCCCGCGUGUGUUGGAAGGGGAAGCGUCACAGCAAAGCCCGGAGGAAACGCAAGAAGAAGAGCUCCAAGUCCCUCGCUCAGGCAGGAGUGGCCUUGGCCAGACCCCUCCCCAGAACCCCUGAACAGGAGAGCUGCACGGUCCCGGUGCAGGAGGAUGAGUCUUCGCUAGGCACCCCAUAUGUUAGAAACACCCCCCAGUUCUCCAAGCCUCUGAAGGAGCCAGGCCUUGGCCAUCUCUGGUUUAAGAAACUCGGGGAGGGCCUGCGGCCAGCGCUGCCUCGACCGGAACUCCACAAACUGAUCAGCCCCCUGCAGUGCCUAAACCACGUGUGGAAACUCCACCACCCCCAGGACGUAGGCCCCCUGCCCCAGCCUGCUCACCCCUUCCCCUACAGCAGACAGCCCCACCCCUUCCCGUUCCACCCUCUCCAGCCCUGGAAACCUCAUCCCUUAGAGUCCUUCUUCCUAGGCAAACUGGCAAACUGUGUAGACAGCCAGCAGCCCCUGCCCGGCCCUCCCCUGAGCAGACUGGCCUGUGUAGACGGCCAGAAGCCCCUGCCUGGCCCACAUGUGAAGUCCAGCUGCUCGUCUCAUGGCUCAAGUGACAAGCUGUCCGUGGAGGAGUACCUGGUGCACGCCCUGCAAGGCAGCGUGAGCUCCGGCCAGGCCCGCAGCCUGGCCAGCCUGGCCAAGACCUGGUUGGUGGGGGGCUCCAAGCCUCAGGAGCCCAGCCCUGAAACCGAGGACAGUGAGGGGGUCCUGCUUAUCGAGAAACUCAAGCCGGUGGAUUAUGAGUACCGAGAGGACAUCCACUGGGCCACGCGCCAGCCCUGCCUGGGCAGAGGCUCCUUCGGAGAGGUCCACAGGAUGGAGGACAAGCAAACCGGCUUCCAGUGUGCCGUCAAAAAGGUGCGAGUUGAAGUGUUUCGGGCUGAGGAGUUGAUGGCAUGUGCGGGAUUGACCUCACCCAGAAUCGUCCCUUUGUAUGGAGCUGUGAAGGAAGGUCCUUGGGUCAACAUCUUCAUGGAGCUUCUAGAAGGUGGCUCGCUGGGCCAGCUCAUAAAGCAGAGGGGCUGUCUGCCAGAGGACCGGGCCCUUUAUUACCUGGGCCAGGCUCUGGAAGGGCUGGAAUACCUCCAUACCCGAAGGAUUCUACACGGAGAUGUGAAAGCCGACAAUGUGCUCCUGUCCAGCGAUGGGAGCCACGCAGCCCUCUGCGACUUUGGCCAUGCUGUGUGCCUUCAACCCGAUGGCCUGGGGAAGUCUUUGCUCACAGGGGACUACAUGCCCGGCACAGAGACCCACGUGGCGCCGGAGGUGGUGAUGGGCAAGCCCUGUGAUGCCAAGGCGGACGUCUGGAGCAGCUGUUGCAUGAUGCUACACAUGCUCAACGGCUGCCACCCCUGGACCCAGUACUUCCGAGGGCCGCUGUGCCUCAAGAUUGCCAGCGAGCCUCCGCCUGUGAGGGAGAUCCCGCCCUCCUGUGCCCCCCUCACAGCCCAGGCCAUCCAGGAGGGGCUCAGGAAAGAGCCUGUCCACCGAGCGUCUGCAGCGGAGCUGGGGGGGAAGGUCAGCCUGGCGCUGCAGCAUGUGGGAGGUCUGAGGAGCCCUUGGAGGGGAGAGUACAAAGAACCAAGACAUCCGCCGCCACUCCAAGCCCACCCACCGCCAAGCCAAGGGCACCCUCACCAGACCCUACGUGCCCCACCAGUGGAGCUCUCUCCAGGGGAGCUCUCACCAGAGGCCCCGGGGCCCCAGCCAGCUGAGGACGCAGCAGGCAGGGCCCCUAAGCUCCAGCCUCCUCCACCCCCAGAGCCCCCAGAGCAGAACAAGUCUCCCAGCCUGCACUGGGGCAAAGAAGAGUCUGGGACAUGGGAACCACUGGCUCUGUCCUCCCUGGAUCCGGCCCCAGCCAAGAACUCCAGCUCACCAGAGCGGAAGGCAACCUUCCCCGAGCAAGAGCUGCAACAGCUGGAAAUAGAAUUAUUUCUGAACAGCCUGUCGCAGCCAUUUUCUCUGGAGGAACAGGAGCAAAUCCUCUCAUGCCUCAGCGUCGACAGCCUCUCCCUGUCAGAUGACAGUGAGAAGAACCCGUCCAAGGCCUCUCAGAGCUCACGGGACACCCUGAGUUCCGGCGUGCACUCGUGGAGCAGCCAGGCGGAAGCCCGCAGCUCCAGCUGGAACAUGGUGCUGGCCCGGGGGCGGCCCACUGACACGCCGAGCUAUUUCAACGGUGUGAAAGUCCAAAUACAGUCUCUCAAUGGCGAACACCUGCACAUCCGGGAAUUCCACCGGGUCAAGGUGGGAGACAUCGCAACCGGCAUCAGCAGCCAGAUCCCAGCCUCAGCCUUCAGCUUGGUGACCAAGGACGGGCAGCCCGUGCGCUACGACAUGGAGGUGCCAGACUCGGGCAUCGACCUGCAGUGCACCCUGGCCCCUGAUGGCAGCUUCGCCUGGAGCUGGAGGGUCAAGCACGGCCAGCUGGAGAACAGGCCCUAACCAGCCUUCCACCACUGGCUCCACUCGGCCAGAAGCGACCUUCUUUCUCGGUGCUCAGCGCUGCCCCCGAGACACAGGCGCAGCCUGCCUGCUCCCAGGGGUCUGCCAGCCUGUGGCUCAGCGGUGGGACCCGGGCUGGCAGCAGUAAGGUGGGGCUGGCAGCACACCUCCCAGGAUCUCCCACCUGUGUCCUUCCUGAGCCCACAUGAGGCGGAGGAGGAGGAAAACAGGAGGCCUCUGCCCAUGGGGAACACAGAGGGUCUUCUCUGCCUUGGUCCUGACAAGCUGGCCUGACCCAUUAGGAUCAGUGACCACUUGCUGGCAGUCAGGGGAGAGUGGCUUCCGGCCCAGGUCCCAGAGAGA